AUGCCGCCGGAAGGGGAAGGGGAGGCGCAUCCCCGCCUCCUGUUGCCUGGUUUCCUUCCGCAGAGCCUCUGCAAGGUGCGGCUCUUGCUGAUCCUGCUCAUCCUGGUCAUGUCCAGUCCCAUUUCGGGGCCAUGGAUCAUCUAGUGUUCUGUGUAGGAGCUGGAGUUCAUACACCGGAGCUGCUGCGCGGUGGGGUACAGGCCUGGAGUCCUCUCCACCACCCUGUCGCACCUUAUCGCCACCGGCUGCGCUCACCUCGUCGUCCCCUUCGUCCCCGUUAGAGGUUUGUUCCUCGCCGAUGGGGACGCUCCUACCUGCUCUUCCGUCCCUCCAUUUCGGUAUCUCCCGCUGAUUUAGGAUUGCCUUGGACGUUCCUGGAUUGGUGCGCGCAGAGCGGCUGAGAGAGAAGGUGGAGGAGCGCUUCGGGUGCGAGUUCGAGCUCUUCGUGGAAUUCACUGGCCUUGUCAGGUGAGAAAUUAGGUUUUUAUCAUCACCAGAUUCUUUUAAGGUAGCUUUUUUUUUUAUCAUUUCAUCUUAUGAAAUAUUUUCCAAUCAACGAUUUUACCUCGAAUACACCCUCCUCAGUUGCUGCCACUUGAAAUUUCAUGCCAUUCGUCUACAUGGCUGUGAAUGACAGAGAGAGCUCAUAGGGUUGCAUUUCAUCCAAGACCACUCAUGUUUAUCAAAUGCCUGUGUUUGAAAUAGCUUGUCAGGAACCACACUUAGAGGACUACAGGCCAUGUUUAGCCAUCUCUGACCAAUAAUAAUUGCUUCUGCAAGAUGAGCCCUAGUUCUCUAGAUGCAUUGGAUUCCUUUGAUGAUGCCAUUAUCGCGAAUAAAUGACAUUUUCGAUAUAGUUGGUGUAAGGGAGCAAGCAUUGGAUGGCACAGUGAUGACAACAGGCCUUAUCUAAAGCAACGAGAUUUUGCGGUGUGUUUUCUUACUAUUUUUAUUGUCAAACAAUUUUUCUUGUGGAUUUUUUUUAAUAGUAUCUAUAGACGGGUAGAAAACCUUUAUAACUAAUGAUUAUAUAUCAAGUCAUCUUCAAAACUUAUAUCUCCUAUUUAAUAGUGAAACGCAAAACGUUUGAAAUGGUUAGGAAACUGUAAAUCUAAUUUCAUUUCCUCUUCUUCCUCUACUGGGUGAUUAAUCGUUUCUGGUAUGUUCUUUUUGAGCAUUUCGCAACCCUGAGGUUCAUUUCUACUUUUUUCAUGGGAUUGAAAGGCAGUCUGCUACCUGAAUAGCUGUGGGAAGGAUUUUACAGGCGGCAUUUUCCAUUUCAAGGAUGGGUCGCCAGACUCCAUAAUUCCUCAUGCUGGCGUAAGAUCUUCUACCUGUGGGUUUAAUCUUCCUUCAGUUUCUUCCUUGUCCUAGUUGACUGAUCUUAUGCUAGAUACGAUCAAUGUCUCUAUCCACCUAUGGGGUUUGGUUUCAUUAUUAUUAUUAGUGACGUAAAUGUGAUAUUAAUCUCAAAUGGCUUCUGACAUAGUACCGUCUCAGGAUGCAGUGAUCUAUACAGCCGAUAGUCAAAAUAUUCACUCUGUAGAUGAGGUACGGCCCCCCUUUCCCCCUUCGAUGGAUCAUCGUGUAGUUUUCUCUUAUUGUAAAUUAUAUUUUGGGGACCAAGGAACUCUGCUUGCGUUGUCAUUUUCUGCUAUUGUUUCUGCACUCAAUCGAUUUUUCUAUUGCCGAAGUGGAACUUACCUGUGAGAUUAUCCUUUCUCCUGAUGUUUCUUUAAUUGUUAAUGCUGCUAAAGUAGAAGAGGCAUAUCACUACGCAAUAACAUUAUCUUGCCUCGUGUCAGGUUAUUGAUGGAGAAAGGCUUACUUUAACUCUAUGGUUCACCCGUGAUAAAACCCAUGAUGAGGACGCCAAGCUUAUCUCUCUUCUCUCUGAAAGAUCACCAGAAAAUGGGGAAACUAGCCCUCGUCCAACCCUGCCAAUCCCGGCACCCAAUAGCAUGUACUGGUUUCCUCACCAGGGAUCAGGGUUCGACAUUCGGUGGGGAAGAUUACACAUUUUAGGAUGUAAUAUUUACCCCCUGGCAUCAACAGUUUUGUCAGAUGAUCCUCUCGAGCAACUAAUGGGACCUCUGCAACUUGGAAAAGGAAAAGAGAUAUUCGAUGCUGAGUUUCGCAACAUCUUGCAUGCUCUCCAGGUAUUAUCUCUAAACCUGCAAGAUUUAUAGACGAUGGAUGCUAUGUUUCAUAACUCUUUGUGAUCUGAAUCUACCCUUUUUUUUCCUAUGGUAAUUGAUUGAUCUAAUUGCUUGGAUUCUUUCUGGGCAUCAUGAUUUAUAUUUUGGGAAAAAUUUGGCACUCCCCCUGCUCGAUCCAACUUUGGCUGGGAAGUUUAGGAUUCAGAUCACUCCCCCCAGUCUCCCCUUCCCCUCCCAACCCCCAAAAGAAAAAAAUCCCCAAAAUCAACCUGGUUUGGUUGAUAUUUUGCUGCUGAAUUCGCAGAUCCAACCCACUCGAUUUGGAUCUUAUUGGACUGUCCUCUUGGGUUCUAUUCUUAGAAUAUUUUAGAAUUCUACAACUGGAAGACAAAGGCAUAGAAAACUCUAUGGCUGACUGACACUUCCGGCCAUCGAGAUAGAAUAGAGAGGGAAGAUAGAUUUGCAUAUAGAUGGAUAGCUAGAAAAGAUAGGUGGAUGGAGAAACAGAGAGGAUGAUAGGCAUAGAUAAAUAUCUUGAUUGGUUGAGAGAGAAGAUAGGUAUAUAGAUGCAGAGAGGGAUAGGUAGGACGAUAGUAAUAUAUAUAUAUAUAUAUAUAUAUAUAGGUUGUUUGAUAUGUGCAGAAAUGGGUAGAUAUUCAGGUGUAUAUAUAUGUAGAGCGAGAGAGGGAGAGAGUGGGGACAGAGAGAGCGAGGAAUGAGUGGCACCUAAGAGGAGCUUCCCCCGCUGUGUUAUCUUUAACAAGGAGACUGUCUCGCCCUGUAGUGGCGUUUGAUCUUAUUUAAUUGGGUUGUUGGCUUCUAUCUUAUGAACAGAUUGUGCAAUUCUACAGCUGGAAGACAUCCGGUGUGAAAGAACAAGGCCGAGAAGACCCUGCACCCGGCAGGGCCCUCUGCCCCUCCCCGGUAGAGAGAACAAGCAGCCGUUCCCCAGUUGUGGGCCCGGGCGAUCCCCAGGCCGCAGACCCAGUCCUCGGCUCAGCCACCGGAGAUGACGUCUGGUCAAAUGGGUUUGACCUGGCAGGCCUCCGAAACGCCAUGGUGGCGUGGGAAGAGUAUGUUAGAGCUUUGGAUGAAGUCCUGAGGAGGAGCUUCCCCCUCUGGCGGACCCAUGAGAUCAUGUUUCCUCUCUCGGAUGCCGGACAUUCAGAUUAG